UGAAAAUUUGUUCUCGGAUGCAUAACAAACAUGGCCUCUCAUAGAUGAAAGAAGGCUAAAUAAAACCUAUUAAACGCGGAAAACUGUACGGUUACAAUGUAAGUUAUACAAAAAAGGGCUGUUAAAACAUCAGCAAUCAUGUAUCAUCCAGAAUAUCGAAGGGAUUAUGACAGCUUGGAAGGCUUCGACAGAGUUAACAACAAGUACUUAGAUAUUGACAUAAUCAACCCAAGAACACACAUCAAAAGAGGAAAAGCAGUUUACACAGACUAUGAAAUUCAUGUAAAGACAAAUCAUCCAGAGUUUGCACUCAAAGAAUCUCGUGUGAGAAGAAGGUACUCAGAAUUUGUAUGGUUGAAGCAGAGACUGGGACUGAAUGAUGUCAUGAUGGUAACUGCUCCUAGCCUUCCUGGUAAAAGGUACAUUGGACGAUUUAAAGGUUCGUUUCUUGAAGAAAGGCGACAGGGUUUACAAAACUUUAUGAACAAGGUUAUUGAAAUAAAUGCAUUCCUUUCGGAGCCUGCCUUGCAUUUCUUCCUACAAAGCACCGUGUCAAUACCAGACAUGGAGUACCAUUUGUUGCACGCUAACUUGCUAAGCAAUAUUCGUGACGUAAUCAUUCACUCAAACGAUGCCAAAGAAAGAAAGCAACGAAGAAAGCUCUCGAUUCAAGCUAAAUGUCAGCCAUUGCGAAGGAGCUUAAGUCUCGACAGUUUACAGCAACGUCCAAAGGCUAGUAAGAUGCCACAGAACCAAGAAAGUGGGCGAGGGAGAGGCUGGUCUCGUUUUAUUGGGGAAGGAUACCACUCUUUUGCCAUGUCAGUGCCAGACACAGUCGAUUAUGGAGGGAGCUUGACUCCGUUUCUGCAGCGUCAUGUUUCGAGCACAGCAUUUGUGCUGCCAGGGGGAAAAAUUCGACUCGCUGGAUCUCGGCGGCAGUCGGCAGCAAAAACAAUAACUGUGAAGGAAUCCGUUGAUAAAAGGAGACGCAGAAAAGUGCGACACUCUAGCUGGCAUGGGCCUACGCAUGAUAUGACUGACUUUUUUCUCGAUGAUUACGAAGUGAUCGGCCAUGAUGCUGUAGAACAAACAACUAUGAGCGAGAUUGAAUCAGUUUCAAUUUCAGACACAUCGCAGCAGACCCAUUACGACUCACAUUCGUCGCAAAGCAGUGAUGAUGGGAUAGAGAUUGACAUCACAGAGAGACUCAAAGAAUAUAACGUUAUAUCGCUAACUGAGGUCAUUAGUUACAACUGGGAUCAGCAACUCAGCCUAUACGAGUAGAUUAUUUAUUUGUUAACACUGUGUGUCUAAUCUUUCAACUUAAAUCGUUUAGGGGCCUGUUAAUAUAAGCGAAAUUGUCCCACCUCUCAGGCCAUAAUCUGGCAGGGGGAUGAAAUCAUCGAAUGUGUGUAUGCAGAUUCUAUCCCACCUUCCAGCUGUAUAUGGAGAAAAUCGUCCGACCAUCCAGCCUGUGUGCUGACAAGUUGGACGAAAUUUGAUCGUGUUUAUAUGAAAAUUUCGUCCCAUCUUCCAGCUGCAUCCCACCUCGAGUGCAGUGGGAUCUUACCUAACCGGGCUGGCGUGUUUUCCAUAUAAACGCAAGACGAAAACACAAAGGAUUCUAUAGAAGAAUGGGGUCUCACCACUCAGCUUACAGACUGGAAGGUGGGAUGAAUUUCUCCAUAUAAAUAGGCCUUAGAAACAGCAUGGCCAGAAGAUCAUUUGAAGCUCAUGGGUCCAGACGUAGACUACAUAUGACAAACUUCACUUUGAUAAAAAUCAACGUCAAGUUUUUUGUUGACGAUUCCUUUUCUUUGGGAUAUUUGUAGGUAGUGUCAAGGCCCUUUUGAUACCGUUAUUGAAAUUUUUAUAUUAACCUCUUAAAAACGUUCGGUUUCUUACUCGGAGCUUGCUAAAUAUUUGCAAAUAUGGUUGCGUUUUCAGAAUACUACGACCAGUCUAAAUGAACCGAAUAGAAAUUACAUUAAAAUUGAUAUAUAUUCCCAGGAUGCAAUGCAUUCAUCAGAAAGGUGAAAAUCUUUUGUUUAUUGUAAUCGUUGACUGCAUUUAAAGAUUGUUUUUUUCUCUCUCUAACAGUGCAAGAAAUGAUCUUAAAAGUGGAAAUCUAAUCUCAUUCACAAUUAUUGUUUAUCUGAAAUGCAAUUAAUAUAUCGUUAUCCAUAGGAUUCCUGUAUGACAAGUGUAUGAAAUGUAUGACAAGAUCUUAAUGUAUGAGAACAAUGUACCUCAUGACAAGUAGAGCAUAGUCAGUAGGUAACAGAAAAAGGGGAUAGAAACUGGUGGAAUACGUUUCUGGGGGAGUUUAUGGGGACAAUUUUUUACUUUUUGAUGCGGGCGUUUUUUUAGCUAGAGAUUUUCAACUUAGUAACUCAUUUUUGGUUUUCGCAAGUUUCCUACAAAAUUUGUUGGAGUGUAGAAUUAAGUAGAAAUACAAAUUUAAAUUAUUUGUAGUAAUCA